AAAAAUUUCAAUAAAUAAUCAUAAUGAAUUAUUUCAAAAAUAAUAAUGAUGAAAAUUCAAAAAAGAAAAUUUCGAAAUUGGAAAAUUCACCAAUGAGAAAUUUUUAUAGGGGAAAAACAAUAUUAUUGACCGGUUGUUUAGGAUUUUUAGGACAAUUAUUUUUAGAAAAAUUAUUAAGGUCAGAUGUCAAAAUGGUUUAUGUUAUUAUACGACCAAAGAAAUCAACAUCACCUUUAAAUCGUUUAAAAUCUAUACUUAAAGAGCCUCAAUUUGAUAAACUUCGACAAUACGAUCCAAAUUAUUUUGAUCGAAUUCGAAUAAUUGAAGGUGAUAUUACAGAAAAAUUAAUGGGUUUAACUGAUAUCGAAUUAAAUGAUAUUUAUAAUAAUAUAAAUAUUGUUAUACAUGCAGCAGCUGAUGUACGUAUGGAUGCAAAAUUAUCAUCAUUAAUUAUAUCAAAUGUUAAAGCAACAAGAGAAAUUUUAAGAAUUGCUGAAAAAAUAAAAAAACUUGAAGUUUUUUCAUAUAUAUCAACAGCAUUCAGUAAUUCAUAUUUAUGUAAUAUUAAAGAAAAAUUUUAUGAACCACCAAUGGAUCCAAAUAAAAUAAUUGAUUUAUAUGAAAAAUCUAAUGAAAAUGAAUUUGAUAAUAUAAAUACAUUAUCAGUUAAUUUUACAAGACCAUGGCCAAAUAAUUAUGUUUUUUCAAAAUGUCUAGCUGAAGAUUUAGUUAGACAAUAUGGUAAAAAAUUUCCGGUAUGUGUUUUAAGACCAUCUAUUGUUAUAUCAACAUAUAAAGAUCCAUUACCAGGUUGGUGUUAUUCAAUAGCUGGUCAUAUUGGUGUAACAGUUGGUGUUGGUAUUGGUUUAAUAAGAACAAUAUGCCUUGGAAAACAUUAUGUUGCAAAUGUAAUAAGUGCUGAUCUUGUUAUAAAUACAACAUUAGCUGCAAUUUGGAAUACACAUACAGAACAAAUGAAAUUAAAACAAAAUACAAAUUUAUUAAUAAAAAAACAAGAAAAUCAAUUAGAAAUUAUUGAACCAGAAGUAUUUAAUAUAUGUUCUUGUUUAGAUAAACCAGUUACAUGGAUACAAUUACAAAAUGCAUCAACCGAAUGUGCUUAUAAAAUAGAAUCAAAAACUUUUUUCCCAGUCUUCUUUAAGCCAACAAUUAAUAAGGCUUUAUUUUUCUAUUAUACUUUAAUAUUGCAUUUUUUGCCAGCAUUUAUUGUAGAAAAAAUCCAGCCGUCAUCUAAAUAUAUGAUGAAACAGAGAUUAACACAAAGAUUUCUCCUGAUAAUACGAUAUUUUUGUACCAGAGAAUUCAUAUUUGAUAAUACGAAUUAUAAACGUUUAAUGGAUAAAAUGACACCCGAAGAUCAAUCAUUUUAUGUUUCAGAUAUUAGAAAUUUUGAUUUUGAUAUAUUUAAAGUGUCUUAUGUAAAAUAUGUUACGAAAAUAAUGAUGGCAACAUUUAAAGACAAUAAAAUGUCAAAUAAUCAUUUAAGAAUGUUUUAUAUAAUGUUAUUAAUAAUAUUUUAUGGAUUUCAUUCCGUUUUAUUUUAUUUUAUUACAAAUUAUUAUAAUAUUAUCAAUUAUAAAUAUUUAUUGAAUAUGUAAAUAAAUUAUUUUGA